UCAUUUCAGCAGUACUUAAGUUUGAUUACAAAAUAAUCCUUCAAUGCUGCACAGUUGUGUAGUGCUCAGAAUUCUGUCCGUUGCUGCAUUAUACAAUCGCACCCUACAUUUGAUGUGUAUGGCAGUAAAUUAAAACAUAUAUAGUGCCCAGAAUAUGACUGGGAAAUGUUCACUCGUAUUCAAUAGCGAUAAACACCAUAGUGUUUCUCACUUAAUCUGUAUCUGUCCUUCGUGCGUGAUGUUUACGGAAAAGUUUAUUUUGUGAAGAAAGAAUAAGGAAUUGGCGAACAAUCUCAAGAAACCAUUGAAUUACAGUAGACCCUUGACUUACGAACUCAAUUCGUUCGCGAGGGUUGGUCGUAACUGAAGUUUGUCGGAAGCCAAGUCAAUGGAAAUACCCAUAAUGCGAUCCGAACCUCCCAAAGCACACCCUUACUUACCCUUUUCAUAAUAAAAAAACGGUUGUAUAAUGUGAGUAAUUUACCAGAAACCCCAGUAAAUUCCUAGUGUACUCACUAAAAAGUUAUAAAAUGUGCCUAGCCUUUCUACCUCGUCUAACUCUGUUGAUCAUGACUUACUAAAUUGAGGAACACCUUUGCAACACUAGCUUCCUUAUACAAAUCUUUUCUUUGUAAGACUCGAGAUGGUGGAUUUCGACAUGCUGUAGGCCUACAUAUUAGCAAGAUCGGUCACACGAACGCCACUCAUAUUUCUGCACAAUUUCCUUCUUCUUUUCAAUUGUGGUUGCUUUCUUUACCCUCUCUUCCUUCCUUAGCUUCUUUUCUAGCUUUUUGGGGGAGCAUUUUGAUGCCAAUUAGCGAAAUGAAUUGCAUGAAGCACUGCACUGACCGAAAUGACGCCCACAAACAGGCGUAUCUGGGCUCAGACUGACGCUUACAGACGCCCGUCGGGCAUCUCGACUCUUUGUUUACAGCCGCACAGGCGGAUGCACGUUUCGGCCUCGAUCGGCAUUCGGGUCGUAACUCGAGACUUUGGUCGUAAUCCAAAAGUAAAAUUUUGGUCGUAACCCAAGUUGUUCGUAUGUCAGGUCGGUCGUAACUCGAGGGUCCAUUGUAUCUACAAAGCGGAAUCGAGCAGGUCACUAAUAAAACGCGACAUUGACUACAAUACUAUUACGGUGUUGGGUUUGUGCUGGUGAUGCCAAACUGGUCGCAUCAUAGUAAUAAAUAUUACCUAAAAUACUUAUUUAUUAAAUUCACCAAGUAAGACUGCAUGACAGAAAACGAUAUAACUGUAAUUUAUUUUAAAAGUAUCAGAAUUAUACUAAAAACGAGAAUCCCAAAAAAAGCGAUAAAAACAUAGGUUAUCGUUUUUUUCAGCGACAUUUGUCAAUAUAGGCUAGUUAUACAUGCGUUUUAUGAUUAUUGUGUUUUCCGUUAUCUUAAAUUUUCAUUGCGCUAAUGUCUUUCUGACAUAAAAGUCCAGUUGUCGAUUGUUAUCCGUUUCCAUUUCGGCUAUUUAAAUUAUCUUUUAAAAUCCUAAUUGAAUUAAUAAACAGUCACAUUCUGGCAUAAAACAAACACUAAACACUCGUGGCAUUUUGAUACAUGUUUUUACUGUUAUUAUGGCGCAAUAUUAGGCUAUAUUUAUAAACUUGACAUAUGCACCCCGCACACAACUCGCUAUGUAAUACUACACUUAGACCUUCUCAAGCGAACUUGGAGAAAUAUUUUAGAGUAUCUAUGAACUUGUAGUUUUAAGAAUAGAAGUCCUCGCCAAUAAUGUACGCCAAGCACUCGUGGUUUGACUACAUUUACUAUGAUGCAUUGCGCAGAACAGCUUCGCUAUAAAAGACCGUAAACUGAGCGGUACAGACCAUACCGAACCACCGAGGGACAUGUUGAUUUGUUGAACUGGUUUAAAACUCAAGAAAUCUACGAUAUAUAUUUAUUAAUAAUGUUCUUUAUGACUUGACGCACGAAAAUAGCAGCCUAUCCUCUAACUGAUUAAAAAUACUGUACUGUGUGCUGAUUAUGGCUGCACAGAAUUGCACCGUAUCCCGGGAGCAGCUGGACCAGUGCAAACAGAAAGCCGGCAGGUGCAUCGACGAAGCGCAGAAUAGCCUCUUUCUCCUAAGCAAAGACAUAUGGAGCUGCCCCGAGCUAGCUUAUGAAGAGAAGAAGUCCCAUGACCGACUGGUCCGCUUCUUUUCGGAGGAGAAGGGAUGGCAUGUGGAGGGUCACUACACGCAGGAAACGGCAUUCCGGGCUUCCUGGGGGCCAGUCGGCGGAAAGGAAGGCGACGACGUGCUCAAUAUGGCAUUUCUGUGCGAAUACGAUGCAUUGCCCGGCAUCGGACAUGCUUGUGGACACAACCUGAUCGCAGAGGUGGGGGCUGCCGCGGCGUUGGGGCUGAAGGGCGUUCUGGAGAGCAUGCCUGACUGUUCUGUGCGCACUAAGGUGACGGUGCUGGGGACUCCGGCGGAGGAGGAAGGCGGCGGAAAGGUGGACAUGAUCCUGGCCGGAGCCUUUGAGGGGAUUGAUGUAGUUUUCAUGGCCCAUCCUUCCCAGGAAGACGCCCCCUAUCUCCCAGCUGUAGCAGUGGUGGACGUGACUGCGAAAUACUACGGCAAAGCGGCGCACGCCUCUGCCUACCCUUGGGAGGGGAUUAAUGCCUUGGAUGCUGCCGUCUCGGCCUAUAACAGCCUGUCUGCACUGCGGCAGCAGCUGAAGCCGGAUUGGAGGGUCCAUGGCAUCAUCAAGCAUGGCGGCGUCAAGCCCAACAUCAUCCCAGAUUACACCGAGCUUGUGUUCUACCUGCGGACCCCCAAGUGGCAGGAUUUGUCCACCAUCAAGGCCAAGGCUGAGAUGUGCUUCCGGUCUGCAGCCAUGGCAACGGGCUGCCGCGUCGAGCUGGAGUAUUCAAAGCACGAGUACCACAGCAUCCUCCGUAACACCACCCUGGACCGCUUAUACGAAGAGAACGGCCGAGCCCUGGGGGUCCAGUUCACCACCGACCAAGAGGUUCUGAGCAGCUCUUCGGGCUCCACCGACUUCGGAAACGUGUCGUUUGUGGCACCAGGAAUCCACCCGUAUUUCUAUAUCGGCACGGCAGCGCUGAAUCACACGGCGGAGUACACCGCAGCUGCAGGAGCUGAAGAGGCCCAGUUUUACACACUGCGCACUGCGAAGGCCUUGGCGAUGACCGCACUGGACGUGCUCCUCUGCCCAGAGCUGCUGCAGCGCGUCAGGGACGAGUUUGCGGAGGCCAAGCUGAGCGAGCAGCGGGGGCAGCCACAGCAGGCAGGAGGAGCCAGCACCAAGCCUCAACAGCGCCCCCAACAGGCAGCAGGGGCAUCCUCAGCCUGAUGGUUACCCCAGGACAAGCUGCCUGCUCUCACGACCUGUGCCUUUCCCGUCACAAUAAGAGUUGUCUGUACCUUUAAAUAAUCUAGUGGGCUGAAAUUCGAAAGCCGCCCCAUCUGCAAGGAUAUUGAUUAUUUCAGUUUGUACCGUGAAGAUUUUAUAAUGUGAGCUGCCAGUCUCAGUCUGUACCAUGAGGAUUUUAUAAUAUGAGCCGCCAGUCUCAGUCUGUACCGUGAGGAUUUUAUAAUGCGAGCCGCCAGUCUCAGUCUGUACCGUGAGGAUUUUAUCAUACGUGCCGCCAGUCUCAGUCUGUACCGUGAGGAUUUUAUAAUGCGAGCCGCUAGUCUAAUAAUAAUAAUAAUAAUAAUACAUUUUAUUUAUAUAGCACUUUUACAAGAACUCAGACGCCUUACAGAGAAAGUACACAGAAAACAGAUUAUACAUUAUGCAUACGGAAGGCUGAAUGCCUGAGCAAAAAAGGUUUUUAGCUUGGUUUUAAAAUCUGAAACAGAGGUCGAUAAACGGAUGGUAGUAGGUAGUGAGUUCCAAAGGCGGGGAGCUAAACGGGAGAAUGCACGGUCACCAUAGCGAUGUAAUCUGGAAGGGGGGGUGAGGAGAGAGCCAGACUGCGGGGGGGCUGGUAGGGUAGAAGCAAAUCAGUAAGAUAUGAUGGACCUUGAUUAUUAAGAGCUUUAAAUGUCAGAAGCAGCAUUUUGAAAUGAAUGCGCUCUUUUAUAGGGAGCCAGUGCAGGCUCUGCAGAACGGGUGUGAUGUGUUGAUAGGAGCAAGUGUGAGUAAGGAGGGGGGCAGCAGAGUUAAGAACUAUCUGAAGUUUAUGAAGAGAUUUAGCGGAGAUACCAGCGAGUAGUGAGUUACAGUAGUGAAGACGGCUAGAGAUAAAGGUGUGAAUGAGGGACUCGGCAGCAGAGUCUGAAAGGUGUGGCCUGGUACGGGCGACGUUACGGAGGUGAAAGUAACCCAGUCUUUGCUGCAGGUGAAGGGAGGGCACUUUGAUGAAGAAAAAAAACGUUUGUUUAAAAUUUUUACAUUUAGUUAAGGCAUUGGAAAGCCUUUGUGAUUGUGAUCUAUAAUGCAUCUAUUCUUAUAGUAUGAGACAAGGUAAAUAUUAACUAAAAAUGACAAGACAUCCUUUGCAGUAGACUGCAUUAUAUGAAUAUAACAACUUUUAAUGACCUGAACCACCAAGACCAUAACUUCAGGCUGAGCAUUGUGGGGGGGGGUGGUUCCAGGGGGUUGUAUUAGCUGGUCUUGAUUACCAUAAUAUACGCCGAUACUCUCAACAAUCACGAUUGCGCUUUAUCUAGCAAAUCUUCUGCAUUAAUAAUGUAACAACAAAAAGCUUCUUGCGCACACCUUAAUGUUUCAGCAUCUGCUUACUUACGGCAUAGGUCUUGUCAUUUUUAUGCAUAGGAAUCAGACUGAUGAUGGAUGUUUUUGGACGAUUGUAUCACUUUUUAUGAAAACACAUUUCUGUAUUUUGUGUUUUUUUCCCAUUUUUGAUAGCCCUUAUCCGCUAUUAUAGAUUCCCUAAGUGUGUUACCCAUUGUCAAUUUGCACAUAUCUUAUAUUUAAUCCUUCAGUAAUUUAACCCAUUGAUGGUAUCUUUUCAUGUACAGACAUAUUGGGAAGGAUCAUUCAUCAGCUGGGCUUAUCAGUCCAUGUAAUAGGACAACAUUUUUUCUUAACAGUGGAAAACGCCCAUUUAUCUUUUUGAUCUUUUAACUUUUAAAUGACAAGGACUCAUGACACCCGUAGGGGCUUCUGACUGAUGUGAGUGAGGGAGAGAAAGGCCUCACUUUGCUGUAACAGCUGAGGUCUUUAGUACUGUAUUUACCUUCAUGGUAAUUUUGCCUUAAGUAUUUAAAAAUUAAUGUUUUGUAGACUUGACUGUUCAUACUACUGAAAAUUAAAAUGAGUUCUGUGUAGCAAAUGGUUCACAAAACAAGAAUGUGUUGGUGAAAGGUUUGUAUUUUUAUUGCUAGUCAAAUCCAAAAUAUUAAUCAGUGGACAAACAUUCCCUUAAAGAGUAUCGGAGAGA